GCCGCAGCGCCUGUCUGCUGGGCCUCCGGGUUAUUUCUGGCGGGUGGCUGUGCUGUGGUCGGUUUGGCCGGGGUGCUGAGGACUGGCAGGGCGGGGCGGCCUUAUCGCUUGGCUCUCCAGCCAACGCUUAGCGCUGCAGAAGAAGCCGGGUCACCAUCCUCUCGCCAUGGGCUCCGGGCUGCGCCGGGCGCUGAGCCUGCUGCUCUUGCUGCUAGCGCAGCCCAGCCGCCUGGCCGCGGGCUGCCCCGCGCCGUGUGGCUGCGCGGGGACGCGCGUGGAUUGCGGGCGCCGCGGGCUGACACAGGCCUCGCUGCCCACCGCCUUCCCGCCGGACACGACCGAACUGGUGCUGACGGGCAACAAUCUGACGGCGCUGCCGCCGGGGCUGCUGGACUCGCUGCCCUUGCUGAGCACCGCGUACCUGGACGGCAACCCCUGGCGCUGCGACUGUCACCUGGUGCCGCUGCGCGCCUGGUUGGCCGACCGGCCCGAGCGCGCGCCCUACCGCGACCUGCGCUGCGCCGCGCCCCGCGCGCUGCGUGGCCGCCUGCUGCUGUACCUGGCGGAGGAAGAGCUGCGCGCCGCCUGUGGGCCGGGCGCGCUCUGCUGGGGGGCGCUGGCAGCGCAGCUCCUGCUGCUCGGCCUCGGGCUGCUGCACGCGCUGCUGCUGCUGCUGCUGCUGUGCCGCCUGCGCAGGCUGCGCGCCCGCGCCCGCGCCCGCGCCACGUACCCGUUGUCGCCGACCACCCCGCUGGUGGGGGAGACGGCCGGAGCCAGAGAGUUCUAAGAGCAGCCCUGAGAGGCGCCGAGCGACGCGGGCGUGCAAGCCCGACAGGACCCUGCCCCAAGGAGCCCUCGCGCUAACCCGGACGGGGGCUCAUCCUCCGCCUGGGCACACUCUUCCGGACCACACCAACCCCUGCGGGCCCCGGGCCACGCGCGCCCCUCUGCAGCGAGACGAGCCAAAGCCCCGGACGCUGAGGCAGGUCGAGGGGGUGAGCUGCAGCCCAGCCCCUGGGAGGCUGCCCACACCAAACUCCAGUGCAGAAUAAACCCUUCUCCCGA